AUGUCGUCGUCGUCGUCGUCGGAUACGGAGAAGAGAUGCACGGCCGGACGGACUCCCUCCUCCAAGCUAUGCACCAUACCGACCUUGCGAGACUGCCCCCGCCCCUGUCUCCCUACACGCUCGGCCGCGCACCCCAGCCACGUCGCGAUUCCGCCGGUGUCGCGCUGCAUCCGCGGAUUCCGCGCGCGCUCGGCCGCUCCAACCACGCCGCGAUUCCCGGCGUGCGCGACGUGCCUCCCGCGGAUCCCGCCGCGCGCGCUCGGCCGCUCCAACCACGCCGCGCGCUCGGCCGCUCACCCACACCCCGGCGCGCGCUCGGCCGCCCACCACCACGGCCGCCCACCACCACCUGCCGCGGAUCCCGCGCUCGCGGAUCCCGCGGAAUCCCGCGCUCGCACGCCCUGCCUCCGGGUAUCCCGCCGCCAUGACGCGCACUACGCGCACGCUCGCCAUCCCCUGUCUCAAGACCUCUCCGCGAACUGCCACCGCAAACGCCCGAGCUAUCCGCCAACAACUGCCCGCAUCAAUCCGCCGUCAAACUGCACGCUCGCCAUGGCGGAGACCGUUCUGGAGCCCGGUUCCAGCGGGCGGCGGUGGGACUGGGACACUGGCACCGUCAAAUUAGAGUUUCAUUCAGGACAUGGCGGCAAUGUGUUCCAGGCACGGUUCAUGCCCUGCUCAGACGAUCGGACCAUUGUCACUUGUGUUGCUGAUGGCGAGGUGAGGCUUGCCAAGAUACAGGAUGCUGGAGACGUGUCCACAACAUUGCUUGGUGAACAUGAGGGAAGGGCUCACAAUUUGGCUAUAGAGCCUGGUAGUCCUUACAUUUUCUACAGCUGUGGUGAGGAAGGCUUUGUUCAACAUUUUGAUCUCAGAACAAACACAGCCUCAAAACUAUUUCUUUGCAGAAACUCCACUAAAUCAGUAUACUCAUCUCUUGUUCACCUAAAUGCGCUUGCAAUAGAUCCGAGGAACCCAAAUCUUUUUGUUGUUGGAGGAAGCGAUGCAUAUGCUCGUGUGUAUGACAUUCGCAAGUGCAAGUGGGAUGGAUCAUCUGAUUUUAGUCACGCAUCUGACUGCUAUUGCCCACCACAUCUUGUUGACAAUAAGAGUGUUGGAAUAACAGGGAUUGCAUUCUCUCACCUGAGUGAGUUGCUUGUAUCUUACAAUGAAGAGAAUAUUUACCUAUUCUCUAAGGAUGGAGGGCUGGGACCUGACCCCAAAAAAUCUGUUAGGAUUGGAGCAAUUGAAGGGUGCAAAUCAACAAUGCUAGCAUCUGGACAUGAUGUUUCUCAACCUGCACCUCAGACAUACGUCGGUCAUGUUAAUCGUGAAACGGUGAAGCGUGUGUCUUUCAUUGGGCCAAAUGAUGAAUAUGUUGCCAGUGGGUCAGACUGUGGCCGGAUCUUUAUUUGGAGAAAGGGAGAUGGGAAGUUUCUACGAGCCAUGGAGGGUGAUGAGUGCAUUGUGAAUUGCAUUGAGCCUCAUCCUCAUGCUAUGGCAAUCGCGAGCUGUGGAAUUGAUAAUGAUGUAAAAGUUUGGACUCCCUCUGCGAUUGAGCGGGCACCUAUGAUACAUGUUGAUGAGGUAAUAUCUUCUGUGGCCAAUCUAUAUUCUGACCCCUUAAUCAUCUCUACCUUUGAUCAAUCUAUAUUCUUACCGCUUAUUAUCUCUACCUUGUUUAAUCUAUAUUCUGACCCCUUGUCAUCUCUACUUUCUGCAAGAUAAAAAUUAAAUUGGAUGGA